GUCGGCACUUUCGGACAAUAGGAUACGUUUGAUGAAUGAAAUCAUAAAAGGCAUGCGAGUCAUCAAAAUGUACGCCUGGGAGAGACAUUUCAACGCACUUAUAUCGGAGGCCCGACGCAAAGAGAUGUCGCAAAUCCGUAAGUCGACUGUAUUGAAGGCCCUGAACAACAGCAUAUCGAUGAUCAGUCCGCGAGCCAUCAUAUUCGCCAUAUUCAUCGUACAUGUGCUCACAACUGGCCAUUUGGGGGCGGAGUCUGUGUUCGUAACGAUGAACAUCUUCAACGCCCUGCGCUUCACAAUGACAUUCGCUUUCCCACAGUCGGUGGCGUUGGCCGCAGAGCUGUACGUGUCGUGCAAACGCAUCCAGGUUUCAGUCCAUCCAUACUAUUUCAAUACACAUGUGUUGUUAAUUGUGUUGUUGUCGUCAACUGUUCCCCAGAAAUACCUACUCUUAGAGGAGGUCCGCGACAGACAAUACAUUACACACCAGAUGACAGGCGACGGCAAAGACCCCGAUAUCGAUGCCAAAGUUCCGUUAAUUAGUGACCACCAAAACGACGGACAUCUCGACAAUCACCACAACGAGGACUGCAGUGUCAGCGUUAGGAAUAUGUCCGCCGCUUGGGAUCCGACAUUAGAGAACCCGACUCUCAAAGGCAUUACCGUCUCAUUAGCGCCGGGAGAGCUGUUGGCAGUGAUAGGACCCGUCGGCUCCGGCAAAAGCUCGUUUCUGAUGUCACUGUUGGACGAGAUUGAGGUGACCGCAGGUCACGCGUCAAGCUCGUUUCUGAUGUCACUGUUGGACGAGAUUGAGGUGACCGCAGGUCACGCGUCAGUGAGGGGUAGCGUCGCGUACGCGGCGCAGGAGUCGUGGUCUUUCAACUCAUCCAUUGUCGACAACAUUACGUUCGGAAAGCCCUUCGACGCCAAGAGGUUUCGGGAAGUGAUAGCCGUCUGUGCGAUGAAGAGAGACCUCAAACUCUUCCCAUUCGCUGAGAAGACUUUGGUCGGCGAGAGAGGCGUGUCGUUGAGUGGCGGACAGAAGGCCAGAAUCACGUUAGCCCGUGCCCUCUAUAAUGACGCCGACGUCUACUUAUUGGACGACCCGUUGAGUGCAGUCGACAGUGAAGUCGCGAAUCAUAUCUUUGAAAAAUGUAUUUCAGAGUAUUUGCGGCAAAAGACUGUGAUUUUAGUGACACAUCAAAUACAGUUCAUACGGAAGGCAUCGAAAAUACUAGUCAUGAAAGAGGGACAACCCGUGGCCGUCGGCUCUUACCGUCAACUCAUGGAUUCGGGCAUUGAUUUCAUGUCUUUAAUCAAAGAAGAGAAGAGUAUUGAACAAAAUGUGGUUAACGAAGAAGUGAUGGUUAAGAGUCCGAUCGCAGAACAGUUCAGGACUCGUACCAUAAGUGUUAUGUCCGCCCACUCGGAGAUGGCCGAAGAGUUCACUGACCAAAAGGUUGACGAAGAAACCAAAGCCAUGGGUGGUAUCAAUGCUCGCGUGUAUUGGGAUUACAUCAAAGCCGGUGCCGGACCUGUGCUCCUGACUUUCAGUCUCGCCUCAACGCUCGUAUCGCAAGGACUCCAACACUACAGCGAUGUCUGGCUAUCGGAAUGGGCCAAUAGAGAGGACGCAGUGAAGAACAAGACGGCCGGCGGUGAUGGAGAACGGGAUGAGAGCCAUAACGUGAUGGUAUACUCGAUACUAAUCGCUACCAUAUUUGUGACACUACUGGUGCGGUCGGGCACUUGGUUUGUGAUGUGUAUCCAGGCGUCAGUCAAUCUCCAUAACAGCAUAUUCUUCCGACUCAUGCGAACGCCUAUAGCCUUCUUCGACAACAAUCCAGUGGGCCGAAUACUGAAUCGAUUCACUAAAGACAUCGGUGUUGUCGACGAACAGUUGCCCGCAGUUUCCUAUGAUCUCAAUCUAAUCUUCACUCAGAUAAUUGGAUCGGUAGUAGUGGUGGCGUUAGUCAACCCGUAUCUCAUAAUACCCGCCAUUUUCUUAUUGGCCUUAAUUUGGAUCAUUCGAUGGGUUUAUCUGAAGACCGGACGAGACUUUAAACGCUACGAAGGAAUGGCCCGGAGUCCGCUAUACAAUCACAUGACCACAACUUUGAGUGGUUUGUCGACAAUCCGUGCCUUCAAAGCGCAGGAAGUGUUUCGACAGCAAUACUAUGUCUAUCAGAACGAUCACACGUCCGCUUACUUCAUGUGUGUGACAAUGGAUUGGAUUUGUGUGUCGUAUGUCUUCUUUGUGGCGCUCUUUCUGAUGGUCUUCCAUAAGGGUAUCGCUUAUCUGGAGAGCGGAAGCGCUGGUCUGGCGUUAACGAUGGCUCUGGGGUUGACUGGAAUGACUCAGUGGGGGGUCAGACAGUCGGCCGAACUCGAGAAUCAGAUGACAUCAGUCGAGCGUAUCGUCGAAUACAGUGGACUCGAGUCGGAGCCCGAGUUGGAGAGCGCCGUACGUCCGGCACCCGAAUGGCCGCAAACCGGACGCAUACAACUGGUCGACGUGUGCCUCACAUAUGAAAACCAAUCCAAACCCACACUCCAUGGCCUCAACUGUGUGUUCAAAGGGGGAGAGAAAGUGGGAAUCGUUGGCCGCACGGGUGCCGGCAAGAGCUCAAUACUGGCCGCACUGUUCCGUAUGCACGACAUCGACGGCCAGAUACUCAUCGACGGCGUGGACUACAAGUCGGUAGGUCUUCACGAUCUGCGCCGCCGUAUGUCAAUCAUACCUCAGGAUCCGAUCGCUUUCAUCGGUUCUCUGCGCAAGAACUUAGACCCGUUUGAUGAGCACCGGGAGGACCGGCUGUGGGCGGCGCUCGAAGAGGUACAGCUGCGACAGGCGGUGCUCGAUAUGCCGGCGCAACUCGACUACCAGUUGACAGAAGGCGGCGGCAAUCUGUCUGCGGGUCAGCGACAGCUCAUAUGUCUGGCGCGGGCUAUACUGCGCGGCAAUCGGAUCCUCGUGUUAGACGAGGCGACGGCUAAUGUGGAUCACGAAACCGAUGCG